AUGAAGUCAUUCAAGCUUUCCGUCCUUUAUGCCCUCGGCCUCGCUGUUUUGGCCCUGGCAGGACCAGACAACUACAUCAACCUCUAUGAUGACCGCAACUGCACUAUCCGUUCUGGCCCGCUGCCCAUCUUUGAAAAGGAUGCUUGUCACAAUGCCCCCCCCGGCGGCAAGCCAGUCAAGGCCAUUUCUGGUAAUGUGAUCAAGAAAGGAUGUAACAUUCUAGCAUACGAAGACGCGCAGUGCGGCGGAAACUCUGUCAAACUGACUUGGGCAGACCCCAACCACUGCUUCACUCCUUCCAGCGACGACGCUUCUUUCCAAGCUUUCCAGCUGAAGGACUGCAACUGA